AUGGAGUCCCUCUUCCGAUACUACUGCGCACAGCUGGCCGGGCAUGAAGCCCAGCACGGCCUUCACGUUCCAAUGGACAUCAAUGCCGGGCUGGUGCUGCAGCCACCGCAGGAGGCAAAGAAUGGGAGGAAGCGCCGCGCGGAGGCGUUCGUGCCGCAGCCGCAGCACUUUGACUACCUCGAGCUGGGCUCCGACGUCCCGCCGCUCGGCAAGCGCAUCACCAUCGGCCUUCGCUCUUUUCACGACCUCGACCGCGUCAUCCUCCGCUCGGACACGACGUCGAUCGCCAUUCCGGAGAUCGACCUGGACUCGCCGGCGAGCACGGGCCGCUUCACCACGAUCCGCGAUUUCCUGCAGGACAUGCGCGCCCAGCUGCGCCAGAGCUACGCCGGCUACGCGCCGGGGCCGGGCCGCGACAAGUUCGGCGCCACGCUCGAGCGCCUCGACCAGGUGCUGUGCGGCGGCCUGCCCUGCACGUUCGUGCUCGACGAUCCGCUGGGCCUGGCCCGCGCCAAUCUCGACUACGAAGACGACGACGCUGACGACGCCGAAUUCGACGCCGAUGACGAUGUGACGGUGGAGCGCUACGAGCGCACGUGGGAGCAGCGCGUCGAGUACGGCCUGAACGACGCGUGGAAGCCCGCGCAACAGUACGUCGGGCGCGAGGCGGGUCUGGCCAGGCUCGUCGACCUCAUCCGCGACUCGCACAAGAUCGUCUUCCUUACCGGCGCCGGCGUUUCCACCGAGUCGGGCAUUCCUGCGUUCCGUGACAACGGCGGGGUGAUGGGCGGGUUCACGAUCUGGGGCAAGUACAGCGAGAAGCACGAGCUCUUCCAGAACUUCGUGGCCGAGGAGGAGGCGCAGGUGAACUACUGGCGCAUGCACGCGGACCUGUACGCCAUCGCGGCCCACGCCAAGCCCAACCCGUCGCACCACAUCGCGGCCCACCUCGCGGCCCAGGGCCGGCUGCUGGGCGUGCUCACGCAGAACAUCGACGGGCUCUAUCUCACCGCGGGCCUCGACCCGGCCCGGCUGGUCGAGCUCCACGGCACUUCGACCCGCGCCCGCUGCCUCACGUGCGACGCCCUCUACCCAAUGGAGGCCACGGUGGCCCGCAUCGCCGCGGGCGAGCCCGUGCCGCACUGCCUCGCGCCCGGCUGCGGCGGCGUGCUCAAGCCCGACACCAUCUCGUUCGGCCAGCGGCUGGUGCGCGCCAACGUCACCCGCGCUCGUCAGUGGCUCGACGAGUGCGACCUCCUCAUCGUCAUGGGCACCUCGCUCAGGGUGGCGCCGGUGAACAAGUAUCCGACGAUCAGCUUGAACAAGCGCACGCCGCUGGUAAUGGCCAACAUGGAGGAGACCAUGUACGACGACUUUGCCGAGGUGCUGCUCAACGAUGGCCGCUGCGGCGAGAUGAUGGCCGCCCUCCAGGACCAGCUCCAGCGCACCAACAGCGUCCUGUAG